UUUAUCAGUCAGGUAAGGAUUUUGUGUGGACAUUUCCGAUUGGAUAUCAUGUUCCAUUUUAUUAGCUGCUGUUUACAAAUACAACUAUCGCUAUUUAGGCCAUACAGAACAUUUGCAAGUAAUCUUAGCUGCUGGUUGUCAUAUUAUUUGCUAACAUUGGCUAGCUUGCUAACCGUUAGCAUGCAUAGCUAAAGUGUAACAUUAACUUGAGGUAGUCCAGAUGUUUUAAAGCUCUUUUAGGUAUCGUUCAAUUACAGCGUGGAUGGGUAGGUAUAAUGUUAAACAAAUAAAUAAGAAUUCUCAUUACUGGUGACAAAAUUCCAACUUGAUGCUCGUGUUGACUAGACAUCACCUACUUUUAUACUUAGUUUAACCUUAUGCGCGAGGCUCCUCAAUGGAGCGGGAAACGAAUUUGAAGGGAUCCCAUCUAACCAAGUUAGCAGGGGUCGAAGAAGAAAGAUAACUUGACUUAAAAAUGAAAUGCCUGUCAGAAACAGACAGAAUACAGACUUGGGUGGACUGGUGACUGGAUACAUAUCUAAGUUAACUAAUCAGCCAUAGGCUUUUGAGUGGCCUUUACUUUUGCCAGCACAUUUACUCUGGCAUAACGGAAUUAGCAUGAACUUAAUUUUCGCUGGCUAAUGUUAAGGGUAUCAUCUCCAAAGCUACUCAUUUGCUAGCUAGUUAACGGACUCACAUUCCUCAGACCGUUGCUGACAGCCUAGCUAAGGAUGACCACAUCAGUGGCCUGCAAAGCACUUCAUGCAUCACCCAGUGGCCAGUACAUUUCUGACCCAGUCAGUGUAAUUGUCAGCCAAAAUGGAUGUGUUUCAAAUGAGCAAGGCCAGGUUUUGAGCUCUGAAUUCAGCCUCUUGGAGAUGACAGAAGUUGAGUACUCACACCUACAGCACAUCAUUCAGUCUCACAUGGAAGCGCAAGCAGGUGAGCAGGAGGCAUCCAGUGAGAUCAGGACAAAUUCAGCCGUGUACAGUGAGGACAGGGCUUCCAGCCACCAGCACAGUGAGCCUGAUUACACAGCCAACUCUCCACCAUCCAGCCCAUCAGCAUGUCAGACUGACACACAAUCAUCUUCUGAUGUACGAUAUACCAUCUCAGGAAUAUCUCAAGAAGGAGACAUGGACAUCCAAGACAUCAAAAUGGUUUUGAUCAGUGAUCCUUCUGACAAUGUCAGCACUGGAGAGAGGACACCAACCAGCUGUGGUGAGGUACCAGGCUCUGUGCUGGCUAAAGUCAGAUGUGCUAUGGAGGCAUCCAGGGACCGCGUUGAGACGUGUGACAACAAAAGUGGCCCGGUGCUGGAAUCCAGGCCCAAUCCAUCUGCGCGAGUCCGCCUGGAGAAAAGGUUCAACUGCAGUCCUUGUGAUGUUUCCAGACAACAGGACUCUCAGUCAGCAGCUCUGAACACACUUUUGACAAUGCUGCAGCACUCUACCGAAACCACUGGAAUAGCCAUGCACUCACAAACAGACAAGUGGAUAAAAUCAGACCAGAAUCCCACAAUUGAGUGUCCCUAUCCAUACGGAGGGAGUUUCUUCAAUGCUGUGGGAACCACUCGUAGUCAGGGUCUUGGAGGCCUCUCACACAUGCAUGAAGGCAAUAAACAUUCAGAGCUGAUCAUUCCCAAGAACUUCACCUUCAGCUAUCGACAUGAAAGAGGGACUGAUGCCACAGCAAAGGCCCCAUGCUUUGUCCACACAGACGCCUCAGAGGCCCAAGUUUGUGUCAAAGCAGAAAAUGUCACAGAGCGUAAGCCCUACAAUCUGAAACGGGCGAGGACCCGUGGGUCCCGUGUCCAGGUCCCAGGCAUAAUCCAGCACUCUGCAGACCCCAGGGUAGUAGCUCCAGGCAAGCCUGGAAGGAGGACGGGCCCCCCCAUGGAGACCACUCAGCGCAGGGAGCGCCAUAACAGCAAGGAGCGGGACCGCAGGAGGAGAAUCCGUGUAUGCUGUGAUGAGCUCAAUCUGCUGGUGCCAUUCUGCUCCUCAGAGACAGACAAGGCCACCACCCUACAGUGGACCACUGCCUUCCUCAAAUACAUCAGAGAGGUCUAUGGAGAUUCACUUAAACAGGAAUUUCAGAGCACCUUCUGUGGUAAGACAGGAGUGCGCAUUAAGCCCAGUGCUGCGACCACAGGCCUGCACACCCAUCUCGUUGACACAGAGGCAGAACCCCACAGUGCACCCUCACACGAAUGACUUGAUAUGCAGCAGCUGCAGCAACUACCAACAUGAAGUUGGUCACCAAUACCUUCCCAGACCAACUGCGUCCCUUCCUUGUAUGUAAUGUUAAUUUAUUUGUUUCCCAGCAAUCUAUUCUUAUGUGCUGUGGCACUAUUUCUUUUUGUAAAUAUCAAGUCUUAAUUUUCGUGGGCAGACGUAGAGGUCAUGUGGCUAUAGUGUUUGUUUUUAGAUUUGGUCUGUUAUUUAAAAUGCCUCUCCUUUCUUAUUUUGUGUACUCCAAAAACACUCCUAUGGAUCAAGUUCUAAGGAAGGAGGGGAUAGCUGUUCUUUUUAUAUGUCUGUACAUGAUUGUGAAUUGUCCACAAGCUUCCAUAUUUUACUCAACUUUGUAACGCUUCUUUUGGAGAAGACAAGCAAUUUCUUAAAAACAUCUACAGAUGGCAGUAUUUCUCCAUUGAAAGUCUAAUUUUCUUAUCCUCUGUGAUGGAGUAACUUUUUUGUGGCGAAAAAGAAACUGAUACUGUUAUUGUUACUCACAUUGUUACUAAAAUCAUACUUUUGUCUUAAUUUAUGAACCUGUACAGUGAAUUAAUAGACUUAAUUUGUGACAUGCAUCUUUAAAUAAGAAUGCACAUAACCUUUUGAAAAGGCAUUUAUAAACUUCCACUAUCUGUAAAUAGUUAACAAUGAUGUGUUUGUAUUUAUGGCCACAGGGCUAAGCUCUCUUCUAUUUAAACAGUUGUUCCAGUCUGUUUAUUUCUCAAUGUUUCAUACGUGCAUGUGUUUGCAUUGCUGUGUUCACAACUGAAAAUAAAUUUAUUUUAGUCAUUAAUGUGGCAA